GUUGUAAUAAAAGGGAAGUGUUGAAAGUGAGAUAAUGUUACAGUGUGGUGGUGGAUGACACAACUGAGAGCUACCAAUGGUUUUACCUUCUUCUUCUCUCUCCCUUUCCUUCUUCUUGCCCACUUCUACACUUCUUCCUAAUAACCUUAUCUUCAGAAACAACAACAGGGCUAUCUUUAACCCACACAAUUUCCCAUUAUCAAAGGAAAGACUACGUUUUUCAUGUUGUGCUCUAAAACCCACUUCGCAAAACAGGGUUUUUAGAAGGGAUUUGGUGUUGUUAGGCUUGACUUCGGUUUCUCUAAGAUGGCCACUUUCAGUGGCUCUUGCUGAAGAAGAGCCCACAAUGGCUUCGUUUUUAGAUGAAAUAAACGCCUAUUCUUAUCUGUACCCUGUUGAGUCGCCUUCCAACAAUAUUUCCCUCAAAUGGGUAGAAUCCCGAAAGCCAGAGCGAUAUUCAUCAGCUGCACCACUUUCUCCUGAUGCACGCCUGCGCAUUGUGUCCGAGCGUGUAGACUUUAUUGAUAAUGUCAUCAUUUCUGUCACGAUAGGUCCACCAAAUGCAAGCUAUAUAAAAUCAAAGGAUAAGAGUACAUGGACUGCAAAAGAUGUUGCUGAUUCAGUGUUAGCUGACAGAUCUUCACUGCGAGUUACGUCAACUCAGCGUUUAGAAGAGAGUUCGGUUCUCAAUACCCAUUCUAGUGAAAUUGAUGGUGAGAAGUACUGGUAUUAUGAAUACCUUGUUCGUAAAGCACCUUUGAGACUAACUGAUGAAUCAAACACUUACCGGCAUUAUCUUGCUUCAACAGCUGAAAGAGAUGGUUAUUUGUACUCUAUCAGUGCUUCAACCAUCAGCCCACGGUGGGAAAAGGUUUAA